AUGCCUGGCGGACAGAGGUUCCAGAGAGAGGCCUCUGAGAUUAUUCCCGGUCGAUUAUACCUCUCCGACGCUCUGACCGCACGCUGGGGAGACACGCUCGACAGAUUGGGCGUCACACACAUCGUAUGCGUGCUCGAAGAGCCCAUCAACUAUCCUCGUACAAAACAAGACAUCAAAAUCCUUCAUAUCCCCAUUUCGGACGACCCGACUUCGGAUCUUCUCUCCUACUUCCAGAGUGUCACAGAGUUUAUCACCGAGGCUCUGGGCACAAUGGACAUUGCCAAUGUUAAUAAGAGUGAAGUUAGAGAGCUCAACGAAGUUACCAACGUUUUGGAAGGCGGGGAUACAUCACAGCCGUUUCCCAAAACAGUCUCUCCCUCUUCCUCCCCCUCCAAAUCCUUUUCGCCAUUCAGAGCGCUCACUAGAUCGCCCAUACAACGGUCAGUGACACCGGAGAGUGACCAAGUGGCGGACAAGAAGAACAAUGUCGUCCUCGUGCACUGUCUCGCGGGGAUGAGCCGCAGCGCAACGUGUGUGAUCGCAUACUUGCUCGCCACGACGAGCAUGAACACGGCCGAAGCGACGGCAUACGUCAAGGCCCGUCGGUCAAUCAUCAUGCCAAAUUACGGCUUUGAAAAGCAGCUCCGAAUAUGGGAAGCCAAAUACUUUGUCGCGACUCGCAAACGCCGUAUAUCGAGCAAGCAGAUUGCCAUGGGUCUCCAGGGACGCAUCGAGCGGUAUAAGAUGGCUGCAAACGGGUCAUCUACCCCCACCAACGACUAA